AAUGAUUCCCUUCUUAAAAUCUUUAGAUUUUGCAAUAUAGUGGUGAUCAUCAUAUAUAAUAGUUUUGUUUGAUUGAAACUCUUCUAUAUAGAAAAUUUUAAAGAAGAUGUAAUAUCUGAGGAAUUCACAAUGAAUGAAAUCCAAACUUUGGCGAAGAUUAAUAAUCCAUAUAUUGAAAAAUUUAUAGAAAUGCUUAAGUUUUCUCAUAAUUUCUAUAGUGUUAAUGAAUUUUGUAAAAGUCAAACUUUAGAAGUCGUCAUUAAGGGUUAAAGGUAAAAAUGUUAUAUAAUAGUCAAAAAAUGUGAGGAUUUUGGAUUUUGAAA